UGCCGCCCCGCGCCCCCCACCCCCACCCCGCCCCGGCUCUCGGGAUCCGGGAGCAGGAGCCUAGGGGAGCUCUCCGCCGGCGCCGAGCCUAAGAUGGCCACGCUGCUCCGCAAAAUCGGGCUCAUCCGCCUGCACAACCGGGACACCGAGGACCCCAAGCACCACCACAACCACCGCGGCGGCGGCGGCGGCGGCGGCGGCCAGCAGAGCGCGUCGCUGCGCGGCAAGGGCGGCGCCAAGAGCGGCGGCCACAAGCCCCAGCAGCAGCACCCCGCCGGGGGCGCGGGCGACGCCAGCCCCGGGCCGGGCAAGGGCAAGAGCAAGCGCGCGGCGGAGCUGGCCCCGCGCGACAAGCCGCCGCAGCCCGCGGCGGGGGCGGCGGGGGCGGCGGGCGCCGGGGGCCCCCGGGAGCGGGCGGCGGGCGCCAGGGCGGGGCCGGGCCCGGCGGUGGCGGCGGCGGCGGCGGCGGCGGCGGCGGGGGGCGGCAGCCUGGUGCCCGCGGCGCGCCAGCAGCACUGCACGCAGGUGCGCAGCCGGCGGCUCAUGAAGGAGCUGCAGGACAUCGCGCGUCUCAGCGACCGCUUCAUCUCCGUGGAGCUGGUGGACGAGAGCCUCUUCGACUGGAACGUGAAGCUGCACCAGGUGGACAAGGACUCGGUGCUGUGGCAGGACAUGAAGGAGACCAACACCGAGUUCAUCCUGCUCAACCUCACCUUCCCCGACAACUUCCCCUUCUCGCCGCCCUUCAUGCGGGUGCUCAGCCCGCGCCUGGAGAACGGCUACGUGCUGGACGGCGGCGCCAUCUGCAUGGAGCUGCUCACGCCGCGCGGCUGGUCCAGCGCCUACACCGUGGAGGCCGUCAUGCGCCAGUUCGCCGCCAGCCUGGUCAAGGGCCAGGGGCGGAUCUGCAGAAAAGCCGGCAAAUCAAAAAAGUCCUUCAGUCGCAAGGAAGCUGAAGCUACCUUUAAGAGUUUGGUGAAGACUCAUGAAAAAUACGGCUGGGUCACCCCACCCGUCUCUGAUGGCUGAUGUUUGCAACGUGCUUUAGACGCUUAAGCCGCCUCUCCACACACACAGAUACCCGACAUCUCCUCCUCCACGCUGAGCAUCCUUCGUCCUUUUUUACUCCAGCCAGAACUGCAUCCCGAAUGCCAAGGAGACGUUUAAGUUAUUUAUGAUCAGAUGUGUUUACAGAGAGAAAGAGGGAGCAAACGCUGUUCGGGAUUAGGUUUCGAUGAUAAAUGAAUGAUCCUCUCUUUAAGUCACUUUAGAACAAAUGUCGAGAAGGUGACCAUCCCCUGCCGUCCUGCCCCUCCGCCCACCCCAUCCCUCGGCCCUUAGCUUCUUUCCAUGACAGCAGCUCCAAAGAGCAGGCAGGAAACCCAUUGCCCCAGGCUCGACCCGUUUACGUGUAAUGGCACCGUUCCCUUUUCCUAGGACCGACCUGCAUUGCCAGUACCUGUCCGCUGUGCUCCGUAGCUCUGUUCGCCCCUCCGGCAGGUCAGCAUAACUCGGGGACUGUCUUUCUGUGACCUCAUUUGUGCUCUGACCUUUGGCUUAGGAAAGCAAAAGUUGAAUAUCGCCAGGUUCUAGUGAUUUAAGCCAACAACUGCGCUCUUGGUUCAAACGUGUCCCCAAGGCCGAUGCCGGCGGGGGUGGGGGUGAGGGAAGGCGGGGAUGCCGGGGCCACGCUGGUGUUCAGAGCAAUGGUGGUGAGACGUGGACAGUCUCCCGGAUCCUGAGAUGCUCCCACGACAUCUGUGUUCCUGUCUUCUCUCUGAUGCCCGCCCCCCCAAAGCAAAAGACAAUGUCCCAUUCGCUGAUGUCACCUGACUCCUCUUCUCAUGUGUGCUCGUGACAGGGAAUGAAUGCCACCACUGCCCCAGGAGACCGAGUGACCGGACGACAAUUUGCAUGGCCCACUCGUCACUUGUGUGUCCCCAAGGCCGGGGUGCUCACGCACUCCGCUAGGAUAUAAACUUCUGUUAUUUAAUCUCCCCACAGGUUCAUUUUUUCUCUUCUGUUAAGUUACUUAGAACUUUCUAAGAAACUCCAUGGAAUGAGGCAACACUGUUUCUAAUAAUAUGCGGUAAGAGGUAAAAGGUUCAUUCCAAGUGGAAAAAUCUUAUUGGACACAUUUUAAAUAAAAAUCAUGCAUACCUGA